AUGGACAAGUUGAAAUCACAGAAUGACGAGUUGCAGAAAUUAGCUGUUGAUUUGAAUGCGUGUGAUCUGUCUGGUGGACCAAGUCUAAACCAUGAAAGAAGUCGACGAAAAGUUGAAAAUACAAAUCGCGAAUUUUGGUAUUUUAUCAAAUCAGAACUGAAUAAAUUAAAACAAUUAGCAGAAGAAACGUUACGUAAUAUUGACGGUAAUGAUGAAUGGAGACUAAAAGAACUACAAGACUUAGGUGAUUUAGUGUUUAAACGUUUGGAUUAUUUACAGAAUCCCAAAGACUGUUCAACAGCUAAAAAGAUAGUUUGUAAUCUACAUAAAGGGUGUGGUUAUGGCUGUCAAUUACAUCAUGUGACCUACUGUUUGAUUGUGGCGUAUGCUACACAGAGAACAUUAAUAUUAGAAUCUAAGGGCUGGCGAUAUGCGUCCCAGGGCUGGGAAACAGUGUAUUUACCACUCAGUAACACUUGUACAGACAGAUCUGGAUCUUCUAUUAAACAUUGGGGAGCACCGUCAGUCAUUGAAAACAUCCAAGUUGUUGAAUUACCAAUAGUAGACAGUAUGAAUCCACGUCCAUUGUUUAUGCCAUUGUCCGUACCAGCUGAUUUAGCUGAAAGAUUAUCUCGUGUCCAUGGCGAUCCGUCAGUCUGGUGGAUUGGACAGAUGGUACGAUAUUUAACGAGGCCACAACCAGAAUUAGCAGAUGAUUUGAAAAGAACUAAACAUAGACUUGAAUUCAAAAGUCCCAUUGUUGGAGUACAUGUAAGACGUACAGAUAAAGUAGGAGUAGAAGCAGCAUUUCAUUCUAUUGAUGAAUAUAUGAUACAUGUACAGGAAUAUUUUGAUAAACGUGAAAUGAUAGAACCUAUCUCACAACGUAGAGUAUAUCUAGCUACAGAUGAACCUUCAUUAUUAACAGAGGCCAGAGAAAAAUAUCCUACCUAUAUAUUUAUAAGUGAUAAUGAAAUUAGUAAAAGUGCAGCGUUAGGUACGAGAUAUACUGAUGCGUCGUUACGUGGCGUUAUAGUUGAUAUUCAUUUCCUGUCACUAAGUGAUUAUCUUGUUUGUACAUUUUCUUCUCAGGUAUGUAGAGUGGCGUACGAGGUGAUGCAGACACUACGAAGUGAUGCUGCUAAUAAUUUCUACAGUUUAGAUGACGUGUAUUAUUUUGGAGGACAAAAUGCACACAAUAUGGUGGCAUUAGAAAAUUAUAAAGCUAAACACAGUAAAGAAAUAGACUUAGAAGUGGGUGAUUUAGUUGGAAUUGCAGGAAAUCAUUGGGAUGGGUAUAGUAAAGGUGCCAAUAGACGUAGUGGCCGCUCUGGUUUAUACCCUUCAUAUAAAGUAGAAAAUAAAGUAAUGGUUGCUGAAAUGCCAACAUAUCCAGAAGCCGAUAAAGCCAGCUGA